AAUAUCAGCCAUAAAAGAACACUAGUAGUACUAGGUCUUUGCAAUUUUCGCUUUACCCUUUGUAUCCCUAUUUCACUCAUCACACUUCUCAUCAUCUAAAAAACUCUUGUUGAUAAUCAAUAUGGGAACUGAGGAAGUGAAAAACAAUGUGAUUGAAAAAUCGAAGGAACUGUCCCUUUUGCUAGACAAUUUUAGUGGUCAAUUCCUCAGUUGGUUCGACAAGGUGUUUCCGCCAGACACUCGAAAAGACAAAAUCAACCACCGGUUUCACGCCGCUUUACCUUUCCUCAUCGCAGCUAUGGUUUUAGCCAUCAUCAGUACUUAUUGCUGCUACUGUUGCUGCUUCCGCGGGGGUGGGCGUGGACUGAUGAUGAAAGCUCCCGGAAGAAACUGUAGGAUGCCGAGAAGCACUUUUGAGAGCGAUCCGACAUCUUAUUUUCGGAAUCUUCGCUCUUAUCCUGGAAUCAUUCCCACAAAGUCCGCAGCUCAAGCUCCAGCUGCUCGUCUCGUUGCUGCUGCAGUACCUCAGAUGGAUGGAGCAUUGGGUACUAAUGUCUUUUUUCGUUCAUUUCUGGGCUCAGUGAUGACUGACACUGAGUCUUUGAAGUUGAGGCCUCCGGUAUUCCAAGGCUCUAAGAAUGAGGAUGCUUACAAGUUUCUCUAUCAUCACACAUAUAGUGAAGAACAAUUCAUAGAUGAUAGCUACAAAAUGGUUCUCUCAAGAAAUUCAUACCCAAACUGUUAGUGUGCCGUGUGACACCCUAUCUAAUAUAUGUGUCGGAACGUGACACCCGAUCCAAUAUCACAA